GAAGGAACCCGAUCAAGCCUGGUCGUUUUCUCCGCUGGAGACGCUGAGUGGAUCACAUGAGGAGGAGCCACACAGACCCAGGACCCCCUGCACAUUUUUCAAGCUUCCCUACUCCAUCCCGAAGGCUAGCUCAGAUAAGGCGGAGGAAGAAGAGGACGCAAGAUAAAAUGUUCUUGGAAAUCAUGGAAGUAACCCGCAACGAAAGAGCUCAUCUGAAGGAGUGGAAGGACAUGGUAGCAAAGUACAGGAAAGAUACCAGUGAACAUGAGGAUAGGAGGGACGAACGUGAGGAUAGGAGAGAUGCUCGAGAUGAGAGGUGGCGGCAGGAAGAUCAGAGAUGUAGGCAGGAAGAUCAGCAGUGGCGGGAUGCAACGCUGGAGCUGCUGUGUGAUCAAACCGAUAUCCUCCGACAUCUGGUGGAUCUUCAGGAAGAGCAGCGGGGUCACAGAGUGCCGUUGCAGCCCAUGUUUAACCACCCUCAGUACUCACCAUGUUCCAUAUCUUCCUCACCCAGAUGUGUAAGAACGCGUGGGGGAAGGCUUUGUGCACCUGCCCACUCCACCCCUGUGGACAGUCCAACCAAAAGGCUGUCAUUACAUUGAAAUAUGCUUAAUGGCCUUUUCCUUCCCUCCUAUCCUCCUCCCAAACCACACUUGGGAUACCUUGUUAAUUCUCUUCCUCUUUUUAUAAUUACAUGCUUUUUAAACGAUAGUGACUUUAUUUCCUUAAGCAAGCUGUAAUCGAAGGGGGAGGGUGGGUUGCUUACAGGGAAGGAGUCAAUAAGGGGCGGGGGAGGUUCAUGAAGGGGAAACAAACACAGCAGUCACACCGUACCCUGGCCUGUGAUGAAACUCGUUUUCAAGGCUUCUCUGAUGCGCACCGCUUCCUGGUGAGCUCUUCUAAUCGCCCUGGUGUCUGGCUGCGUGUAAUCAGCGGCCAGGUGAUUUGCCUCAGCCUCCCACCCCGCCAUAAAGGUCUCCCCCUU